UUGGACUCUUUCGAGAAAAUGCGUUGAAUAAGAAAGUGACACGUGUCAGCUACGGUACUGCCCCUUCUGCUCCUGAUUUUCGUUACAGGAGAAAUCCAAGGUAUAGAGAACAAAUUUUAACCCCAAAACGAAUUGAAGCCACCAGAUUUUUCGUUUUUGUUUCUUUUCUUUUUCCUGUUUAGGGUUCCAUCUUUUUAAAAAUCCGAAAGGGAAAAUGGCGGCAAUCAGGACCACCACAAACAUGAUUCUCAAAGAAAUCUUCCAUCACCCGCAACUCCUCUCCUCCUCCGCCUCCUCAUCAGUAUCGGUCCAUAACUUGCUACCUUGUUUAUCUCGGAACUUCGGAUUCGUGCGCCACCAUCCGAUCAGCUUCAGCUCAAUUCGGUGCGCCGCCGCUUCCGAUUCUGGCGGCGAUAAGAAGGUGUCAUCUCGUCUCUCUCAAGUCCAGCAGCUCUUGCAGGAAGCUGAAGAGCGUGCAAGCUUGGCUGGGGAUGAGCCUACUCCUAAGAUCACCCUAGAUCAUGUUACUUUGAACUUUGCAAGAAGUGGUGGGCCUGGAGGUCAAAACGUCAACAAAGUAAACACUAAAGUGGAUAUGCGCUUCAAUGUCAAAAAUGCAUUUUGGCUAAGUGACAGGAUCAGAGAGAGGAUUAUGCAAAUGGAAAAGAAUCGAAUCAACAAGGAUGGUGAGCUUGUGAUUUCUUCAACAAAAACUAGGACACAGAAGGGCAACAUCGAAGAUGCUCUUGGAAAAUUACAGGCAAUUAUUGAUGCUGCUGCGUAUGUCCCACCUCCUCCUUCGGAAGAGCAGAAAAAGAAAAUUGCCAAAAUGGCUGCUAUCGGAGAGCAAAAGCGCCUUAAAAGCAAAAAGGCUUUGUCAGAUAAAAAGGCAUUUAGGAGAAGUCGGGACAGUUGGGACUAGUUUACUACUAUAUCCUAAGGAAGUAACGAAAGCAAAUGGUUCAGAUAUUAUGAACACAAAGUCACCUGUACUGAUGGUCCUAAAAACCUGGAGGGGGAGUAGAAAUGGCAGGAACUCAAGGGCACUUUACCUGUCUUCCCCACUGAGAUUUAAUGAAAUAUCAGACAGAAGUUGAUGUGUAAAUUCAUUAUCAAAUGUUGUAACUCAUAUAAAUUAUAUGCAAGAUUAAAGUUUUGAUAUGUAACUCCCCUUAUCAAA